AAAGACACUCCAAUCAAGUUCCACGUGCUGCUGACGUCCUAUGAGCUGAUUACCAUCGAUCAAGCCAUUCUGGGCUCCAUCACCUGGGCCUGUCUGGUGGUAGACGAGGCCCACAGGCUGAAGAACAACCAAUCAAAGUUCUUUAGGAUUCUUAACGGGUAUAAGAUCUACUACAAGCUGCUGCUGACUGGGACGCCUCUUCAGAACAACCUGGAGGAGCUGUUCCACCUGCUCAACUUCCUCACCCCGGAGCGCUUCAAUAACCUGGAAGGCUUCCUGGAGGAGUUUGCCGACAUCUCGAAAGAGGACCAGAUCAAGAAGCUUCACGACCUGCUCGGCCCUCACAUGCUCCGGAGGCUGAAGGUCGACGUGUUCAAGAACAUGCCGGCAAAGACGGAGCUGAUCGUCAGGGUGGAGCUCAGCCCCAUGCAGAA